AUGGACUCUUACAGUGCGAUAUUUACCGUAACCCGACCAGACGAUCAACCUCCGCCGACUUCAAGAGAUCGAUUUGUAUUCAAGAAUAGGACGAGAUAUAUUAUUCUGCUCCUAUCUACACUAUGUUUGUCAAUUGCUCAAAGCGAUACGCUCACGCUGAAUUUCACAAUUAUCUGUAUGGCUGGGGAUCCGGUCGAUAUCAACCAGUACAACUCGUCUGGGACAGUUUAUGAAACCGAAAACGGAACAUAUUACGAGACAGGCAGUACUACGCAUCUUUUGGAAUAUGAUGCAGCCGUUUUGGCCCAGAAACGCUAUGCCUAUUCAUCGAAUGAGAAGAAUAUGCUAUUCUCAAUUGUUGCCGUUGGAGCCAUGGUGGCUGUGUAUCCGGUGAUGUGGCUAAUUCAG